CACAAAAAAAACGGGAACAUGAAGUUUUUGGAUCUUUUUGGGCGUCUAAAAUCAGUGGUUAUUGGAAUGAUCCAUGUUAAAGCCUUACCAGGCACCCCCCUGGGCUGUAUGAAAAUCUCCCAAAUCACUGAAGAAGCAUGCAGGGAGGCAGAAAUCUACCUUGAUGCAGGGAUUGACGGUUUGAUCAUUGAGAACAUGCAUGAUAUCCCGUACUCGUUCUCCGCGGGCCCUGAGGUGUCUGCCUGCAUGACUACAGUCUGCAGCGCUGUGAGACGCAUCUGUCCAUGCCUGCCGCUGGGGGUGCAGAUACUGUCCUCUGCUAACCAGCAGGCCUUGGCUGUAGCUCUGGCUUCAGGUUUGGAUUUCAUCAGGGCUGAGGGUUUUGUCUUUUCUCACGUGGCUGAUGAGGGUCUCCUGAAUGCCUGCGCCGCGGACCUGCUGAGAUUUCGCAAGCAGAUUGGAGCUGAACAUGUGCAGAUCUUCACUGACAUCAAAAAGAAGCACAGCUCCCAUGCCCUGACAUCAGAUGUGAGCAUCGAAGAGACGGCUCGAGCAGCUGAGUUCUUUCUCUCAGAUGGACUCAUCAUCACAGGAACGGCCACCGGAGUGCAGGCUGACCCGCAGGAGCUCAGAGAAGUUUCCCAGUCUGUGAGAAUCCCAGUGCUGAUUGGUUCUGGAGUGACCUGUGACAACAUUGAAUUCUACCUGGACACAAAUGGAAUGAUCAUCGGUUCUCAUUUUAAGGAGGGCGGCCACUGGGCCAACGCAGUCGACCCUGAGCGAGUGAAGAGGUUCAUGGGAAAGAUUCGUGACCUCCGAAAAUGAGAGAGAAAAGUUUCUGUCAUCACCUCGGUGCAUUAAACAUGUUACUGUCUGAACUGUGAUAUUAAACACACAUAG